CAAUUGAAGAUCAUAGCAUUAUCAAGACUUUGUGGAAACGUUUUAAUGAUGAAAAAGAUGACAAUGAACGUCAAAAAAUCGCAAACACUUUAAUUCGCGAGAUCUCUCUUCAUUCUGCAACGGAAGAGAUUGUUUUAUACCCGCUCGUUGAGAAGCACAUGGAUGAUGGAAAAAAGUUCGCGGACCAUAAUCGUGAAGAACAUCUUCAGAUUAAAAAGGACGCUUACAAGUUAGACACGAUGAAACUUCACGAUGAAGGAUACACAGAUCUCAUGUCUAAAAUUAUGAAGGAAUUUGAUGAGCAUUCCACCGAUGAGGAAGAGAAUCAAUUCCCUUUACUCAAAGAAAAGGUUGGAAGUGAAGAGUUGCAGAAGCUUGCCGCGGAAUUCGAAAAAACCCGUAAGAUGGUUCCAACUCGACCUCACCCAUUUGCUCCCGACCAACCUCCGAAGGAAACUAUAGUUGGCACGGCAACUGCGCCUAUUGAUAAGGCUCGCGAUGAAACACGUGAAUUUGUCGAUGUCAACCGCUGUGUGUAA